GUUUGCAGCUUUGCAGGCGCAGCCAGCGCACGCAGAGAGGAGAUGGUUUCGGAGCAGGAAGGCUCCUGUAUGAAAUCCCACCCCUCCUUCUACGCUGCUGGGUGGUUCCGCUCUGAUAAGGUUGCUGACUCGUGAGAGGGCUUUGCCGCCAUGAUCUGUGAGAAGGUGAAGCAGCUCCUCUCGGGGUUUGGGGAUAACCCCUGCUCCGUCCCUGUCCUGGUGUGCAGCUCCACCGCAGCCCUCAUGGCUCUCACCUGGGCUGUGAAAAAGCUGAUGAAGAGGAAGGUUGUCCGAGCGAAGCACCACGCAGAGGCCCUGGAGCAGAUGGAGAAGGCUGUCCAGCAGUUCAAGAAAGAGAACCCAGAUGUCCAGAGCAGCCACAUCCUGUCACUGCCACUAACAGAGCUGGUGGAAAAACUGAGGGAAGGUUCCCUGUCUCCGGAGAGUGUCCUCUACUCCUACAUAGAGAAGGCCUUAGAAGUCAACCAGGAGGUGAACUGCGUGACAGCGUUUAUUCCUAGCUGCCUGCAUCACAUCUGGGAAAUGAGAAACCGGAAGAAAGGGUUGCUCUACGGAGUUCCCAUCAGCGUUAAGGAUCAUGUGGCUUGCAAGGGCUAUGGCUGUGUCUGUGGUUCGGGACAGAAGCUCAGCCUCCCAGAGCAAGAGGAGAGCGUGCUGAUGAAAGUGCUGAGGAGCCAAGGAGCCAUCCCCUUCGUGAAAACCAACACGGCACAAUGCAUGAUCAGCUAUGACUGCAGCAAUGCUGUUUACGGCCAGACACUGAACCCUCUCAACCACAAGAAGAGCCCUGGAGGCUGCUCUGGAGGAGAGGGAGCUCUGAUUGCAGGGGGAGGCUCCAUCCUGGGCAUUGGGUUGGAUGUUGGCGGCAGCAUCUGCCUGCUGUCCAGCUUCUGCGGGCUGUGUGGGCUCAAACCCACAAGCGACAGGCUCAGUUACUGGGGAGUUAGUGGUCCAGUGCAUCCCCUCCAAACAGCUGCAGGUGUGGUGGGGCCGAUAGCAAGAGACGUGGACAGUCUGGCCUUGUGCAUGAGGGCACUUUUGUGUGAAGACAUGUUCUGCUUGGACCCCACCGUGCCGCCCAUCCCCUUCAACAUGGAGGUGUUUAGCAGCCCCGCUCCCCUUCGGAUCGGCUUCUAUUCCCUGGACAGCUACUUCUUGCUCCCACCCUGUGUGACUCGGGCUGUCCACGAGACCCGGCUGCUGCUUGAGGAGGCUGGACACACGAUGAUCCCCUUUGUCCCUCCCAGCGUUGACUAUGCAAUGAACAGCCUGUUUGUGAAGGGGCUCUUUGCUGACAGCGGCUCUGAUUCUGCAUACAUGUGCAAACUGGACUCUCUGGAGCUGGGCUGCAGCCACCCCAUCCUCUGUGAUGGGCUCCCGACUGCGCUAAGAAAGAUCCUGGCUUGUCUCAUAAAGCCUCUGUUCCCCUGUUUCGCCAGCUAUUUGGACAUGCCGUGUGGAGUGCGGUCAUCGAAGGAACUCGCAGACCUCCACACUGCCAUGAUGGUUUAUCGCUGGGAAUUCAUUACCCGAUGGAAGAACCUUGACCUGGAUGUUGUACUGUGCCCUGUGCUGGGACCGGCCUUCACCUUGGGCUACUCGGAGACAAACGUUGACGGUCUAUCCUCCACCAUGUUGUACAACAUCCUCAACUUCCCUGCGGGAGUUGUGCCCGUCACCAUGGUCACAGAGGCAGAUGAAGAACAGCUGCAGCUUUACAGCAGGUACUUGGAUGAGCCCUGGGACAAGAAGCUGAGGAAGGCUGUGGAAGGAGCCGUGGGGCUGCCUGUGGCCGUCCAGUGUGUGGCUUUACCAUGGCAGGAGGAGCUGUGCCUUCGGUUCAUGAAAGAGGUUGAAAGAUUGACCUGUGAGAAGAAACAGAGAACUGAUGCAUCUGGGGCUAACAAAGCCCAGAGACAUGGACUAAGUCAGGCCCUACUGGGAGCAGCCUCUGUGGCUCAGCAAUCCCAAAAGUCAAGUAGCACAUUGCCAGAUGUGUCCAGCAUGACCAGCAAGGCAGAGGAGUGCCCAACAUUGCAAAGAACAGCCUUGCAAAUCACCCUUGCAGGGGAGCUGUGGGAUGAUGUGCAAACAGUUGCUCUCCAACCAGACAUGAAGAGUGAUAGGCAAAUAUUGUCAUCCCAGCCUGAAACAUCAACACCAGUGUCCUGGCCAGAGAUGCAGAGUGAUGUGCAAAUGUUGUCAUCCCAGCCUGAUGUGGCAACAAUGGUAUCCUGGUCAGAUGAGGAGAGUGAAGGGCCAAUCUUGAUUCACCCACCUGACAUGAAAAGGGACCUGCAGCCUUGUGAGCCAAAGCCUGAUGUGCCAACACAGGCACCCCGGAGAGAUGGAGAGAGGGACCCACAGCCUGGUGAGCCAGAGCGUGAUGUGCAAGCACAGGCACCCCAGAGCGAUGAAGAGAGGGACCCACAGCCUGGUGAGCCAGAGUGUGAUGUGCAAGCACAGGCACCCCACAGGGAUGAAGAAAGGGACCCACAGCCCCAUGUGCCAGAGCUUGAUGUGCGAACACAGGCACCCCAGAGGGAUGAAGAGAGGGACCCACAGCCUGGUGAGCCAGAGCGUGAUGUGCAAGCACAGGCACCCCAGAGCGAUGAAGAGGGGGACCCACAGCCUGGUGAGCCAGAGCUUGAUGUGCAAACACAAGCAGCUGAAGGUGACAUGUCAAGCGAGGACCAAAGCCAACCGAUCACUCAGGUUAAGCUCACUGCUCUGUGAUGUGCAAAUCUCCACUUCCCCCUAUAUGGAAAUAAAACUUGGA